ACAGGAGAAAUUAGAAAAGAUGGAAAAUUCUCACCAUGGUGAGAAAGUUACAUUUCAAAACUGCCUGAAAAGACUGCUUAAAAUAACGUACAGAGAUGAUGUCUCGUCUAAAACUGACAUCAACGUCUUGAUUGACGAGCUAAUAGCUUUAGAUUAUUCACAGAAGUUUGUUGAUGAAGAGGAUGCCAACAGUUUAAUUUGCCAUGUAUGCAGAAUAAUACCAGUUUAUGAGGAACAGAUAACAGUAAAAGUGUGCCAGAUUAUUCAUAGCCUGACAGCAAAACAACAACUGUCACUGGAGGAUCAGGUACUAUGGAGUGCCACAGAUUUCUUAGUGAAGGCUGUACAGAGAAUAUCCCACUGGGCCACUGCUGAGAUUCUGCAGACACUGGGAGCUGUGGUUUAUGAAAAUGUUGACAGAUUAGUUCAGUUUCAUGAAGUGCUACUUGGGCCUCAAGGGGUUCUAAUUCCACUGAUUAAAGAAAAUGCCACCAGUGAGGAUAUUUUAAAGGGAGCAGUACAGUGUGUGGAGAACCUUACUUUCAGAAUGUCCAGUGAGGAGUAUAUGGAUGAACAAUAUGCUGCUCUGUGCUUCCAGAUUUUAUUGGAACUUUUACAUAGAGUACCUGUUGCUAACAUGGAGUCAGGAACACAGUGCAAGAUUUUGAUAUGCAGUUUGAGAGGGUUACACAAUUUGUUGACAGCAACCAAAAUAAUGCCAUCUGAGAACUUGGGACCACUGUUGGCAGGGAUAAGGGUUUUUAUGUUUCAUGGACUGCCUGGUGCUCCAGUUGCUGUACCAGAAAGUCUAUACCCCACACCCCUCAGUCAGUAUGACCCCUCCCCAUCAAGCCCCACAAAGUCAGAGUCACAGACAAAUGACUCUUCAGCAAAAUCUGGAGGUGUUAAAAAGUACAAAAAGAAAAAGGCAAAGAAAGGAGCAGAGACAAAUAGGAACACAACGUCAAAAUCAUCACAGGAGAGAGAGGAUGAUGAAAAUGAUGAAUUAGAGUUUACAAGACCUAAAGCUGUAGAGGUUUUUUCUUCUAGACCCAACUGGGCAAAAAUUAGCAGUUCAGAAUCUGAGUAUUCUGACACCGAAGGAGGUCAGAGUUCAAGAUUGAGGUCACUGCAUGCCAAAGUCAGACAAUGUGCUCUUGCCUGUUUGCACACAACAAUAAAGAGCAUCAAUAAACGAGUAAUGUUUGGAUACUGGUCAUCAUUUAUACCUGAUUCCACUGCAGCUGGUAAUAGUCCUCAAGUUCACACACUCUUUACUGUCAUUCUGAAAGAUCCCUCCCCAAAGUGCAGAAUGGGAGCUCUUGCAGCUUUGACAGCUCUUAUUGAUGGCACAAAAACUCUACUGGCAACUGCAGAUGACAGUGACCAGAAGUUUGCCACAUUUGUUCCUUUUUCUGCUGUAUUGGGUUCUACAAUAAGAGAGCUCCACAGAUGUCUUCUGCUAGCGUUAGUCUCUGAGAAUAUUCCCCUGACUCUAACACAGCUUAUCAAGUGUGUAUCCACUCUGAUUGCCAAUGUACCUUAUUCGAGGAUGAGACCAGGGCUACUUAGUCGUGUUGUCAAACAAAUCAGAAAUUUCAUUAAUUAUAGAGAUCCUAACGUGAGAGUGGCAUGCUUAACAUGCCUAGGAGCAGUGGCAGCCAUACAGCCCCCUCUUAUGGAGAUUUGCCACAUCAUUCAAUCAGCCCGACCACACAGUCAAACAAGUGUCAGUCAAAAUACUAACCAUCAUGUGAGUGGAGACUCUGGAAUCAGCAGUGGAAGUCAGAGUAACUGUUCUCCUAAUACUGAACCAGGCAUGAUGGAGGAGGUCAAAGAUGUUCAAACCUUGUCUUCAGGAAUGGGGAGCCCAAUGGGAUCCUCCUCAGGUGUCCAGACCCCUGUGUAUUCAGACUUGAGUUUACAUGCUACUGCACAGAGUGUGUCUUGGCUAGUGAAGUUGUGUGUAAGGAACAUACUGCCCAAUGUUGGGGAGAAUGGGGAACACAUAGAACCUCUUCCUGUAAGGCUGGAGUCCUUACAAGUCCUAGCUCAUCUUGGCAAAGGAUACUUCCCAAUAAUCAGAAACAGUCUACCUGUCCUGCAAGAUCUGAUUCUCAAAUGUUAUGCAGAUCAAGACCAUGUGAUUCGUCUUCACACAUCAAAGCUUGUGGAUGAUCUGACCCAAGCUCUGCAGAGGGAAAUUCAGUCAAGAGAACUGACGGAUUCCUCAGGCAGAUUAACUCUACAACAGGUGACAGAUUUCUGGAUAUCUCUGUUGAGUGGUGCUAUAGCUAACAUUCUCCAGUCCGAGCCACAUUGUGCUGUGAAGGCCACGACCUGUGACUGUGCCUCCAACAUUGGACCAGAAGUUUUUGCUGCCCUACCUAUUGACAAACGUGUGCUGUGCAUCACAUUAAUUUUGGGAUUAACAUCAGAUGAGGAUAAAAUAGUAAGAUCCUCGGCCAUUAGAACCAUUGGUGUGUUUGUGCUGUUUCCAUGUCUUAGAGAAGAUGUGUGCUUUGUAGCUGAUGCUGCUAAUGCUAUUUUGAUGUCCAUGGAGGACACCUGUUUAAAUGUACGAUUUAAGACUGCCUGGUCUCUGGCUAACCUCUGUGAUGCUCUAGUCUUAAACAAGAUUGAUGGUGAUAAUGACUUCAUGAAUGACUUCUCAGACAUGUUGCUACAGAAGCUGUUCAGCACCUCCAUUAAGGCCUGUCAGGACAGUGACAAAGUCAAGUCCAAUGCAGUCAGAGCCCUGGGAAACAUCCUCAGAUAUCUACCAAUCAGGAGCCUCGGCAAGAGUUCCUUCAGAACAUCUGUAGAGGAUGGAGUCAAAGCAUUAAUUAAGAACAUCAGCAGUGGAACAAUGAAGUUAAGAUGGAAUGCCUGCUAUGCUGUCAGUAACAUGUUCAAAAAUACAUUACUAAAUUUUGGAGGAGCCCCAUGGACACAAGAUUUGAUGGUAACAUUGUGUGCUGUUGUUAAAGAUUGUAAGAACUUCAAGGUGCGAAUUAAUGCAGCAUUGGCUCUGGGAUCUCCAUCCGAGAGGGGUCACUAUGGUGACUGCCAGUUGUUUUCUUUUGUUUGGGAAAGUCUUGUUAUUGCCUUGGAAACUUCAGAAGAUAUCACCGACUUUGCCGAAUUUAAAUACAGAAAUAAUCUAAACAAUCAGAUUUGUACUUCCAUUUUACAUCUAGUGACCCUGCUACAAGCCAUUGACCUUGACAUCUUGCAUCACCUACUUUUAGAAAGAUCUGAGGUGAUAUCGGUUCAUUUUGACAGAUUCAGAACAAGUCCUCAAGACAGCAACUCCACUCUAGAAUCAGAUUUGAUAGAGGCCAAAGACCAUUUAUUGACUCUGUUAUCUGGUCACCUGACUGAAGGUCAGAAGUCAGCUUUGUUUCUUCUGCAGCAACUUUGUAGAAUUGAUGAGAAUCUUAAUGAAGAGGAAAGAAUUCCAAAGAAGACAGCUUUUAAACAGAUUUAUGAUUAAUUUAUUGCAUAUGUAUUACAUGUAGUAAGCAAGGUUCAUAUGUUUUGCUUUGAAGGUGUAGACAUAUGUGUAGUCAAGGGGUCAAAUUUAUGUGCCCCCCUCCCCAUCUUUGAAAGUGGUGGGGGCAAAAGUAUCCAUGUGCAAUACAUAUUUUUAUGCCCCAGCCAUAAAAUGGCCGGGGCAUAUAGUGUUACCUGUUCCCUCAUUCUGUCAUCAUUGACUUUCCAUUCAUUAUCUCAGCAACAGUUGCACACAUUCAACUCAAAUUUGACAUGGAUACGUCAAAGGAAUACACAGGUCAGGUUCGAAUUUGGCCAUGGUUCGAUGAUUUUUGACAGAGUAAUUUCUCUUGAACUUCGGAAAAAAAGAAGACAUUUUCAGUUUCUGCUCUCAUUUUACUUUUCUAGGAUGUAAGUAUGUAUUCAGUUGAAAUUGCAUGUGCAGGUAUUUUUCCAGAAAAUAUAGGUCAAGUUUGUAUUUAGUCAUGGUCUGAUGAUUUUUGACAGAGUUAUCCUGUUUGAACUUAGAAAAAGUAAGAAAUGUUCAGUUUCCACUAACUUUUGAAGGGAUGUAUGUAUAAGGUUGAAAUUGCAUAUGCAGGUAUUAUACCAGAAAAUACAGGUCAAGUUCGAAUACAAAUUUAAAACUAAAUAUGGCAUUUGAAGUUUUGGCUGCCUCCAGGGGCAUUUGUGGCACUAUGACUCGUAUAGUUUAUUAUAAUAACUAAGAAAUAAAACCAGACAGACAAAAUCUAACAAGGGUUAAAUAAUUAAAAUGGCAAGAUCUAGUGUACUUAGCAAGUUCCAUAAUGAUUAAUCCACCCAUGUAGGAGUUAUGGCCCCUGAAAUGUUAAAUUCUGAUGGUUCUGCCAGUUUUUGACUUAUUGAAAGCUGUUGGAGUUGUACAACAUAAUAACAAAAUCAAAUGGUUAUAUAAAAAGUUUUUCAUUAGUGUUUGAUCCUAAGUGUUAUUGUUAUAGCCUCUGGAAAUAAGUUAGUGAUUUGUGUGGUAUUUGGUUAGAUUAUUUAUUUGAAAAUUAUAUACUGAAAUGCAAAAGAAACACAACAAACAGUAAUCUACAAAUAUUUGAAUUUUUUAUCUAAUGAUUUUCAAAAAUGAAUACAGUAAGGUAAAACUCGAUUUAAACACAUCAAAGAUUUGAUAAAAAUGUUAAAUGAUUAUCUUUUAACUUUAGAAAGUAACACAUGAAUGUUAGAACUUCCCCCACCCCGGCCAUUCAAUUACAGCGUGCAAGACUGCCAUGUGCAUCAGUUGCAGCUUAAUUUCUACAAUGCAAUAGGUUCAUCAAUCUCGAGAUCUGAGCGAAAGAAAUAUUCCUUGCCUUUUUUAAAUGCCUGUUUUUCAGAUGAUGAGAUCGAAUUUUCUCUAGCCAAGGGCAGUGUAGUAACCCUUGGACUUCCGGUCCAAGGACUGUCAUUUAUGCUAGUGAUACGUAAGAGCCUGUUGAGGCAUGAUGUGGUGCAUAUUUGCAUCUGCAACUCUCCAUCACCUCUAUUUUGAGAUUUUCCAGCUAGAGCAAUAGAAAUAGCACUUGAGUCAUUUUUAGGAAGCCUUGGCAUCGCUUACGGAAAAGAAAGGAGAAUUAAUUUUUCGAAACAUUGCUGCAUUACUUAUGAUGAACAGAUACAAAUCCUUAAAACCCCAUAUUAUUGCCAAAUGUUUUGUUAAACAUGCAAUUUUUUAUUUCUGUUAAGCGGACUCAAACUUAACUUCCGGCAACGGUAUGAAAAUCAUUCAACCGUUAAAUUACCGAUAUUUACAAAGUUGAAGAUCUCCUUACUUUUUAGAUACAAAAUUAUAUCCUAUAUUUAAUAUUUCCCCAUAAAAUAGGAUGUUCCAUUUCUUUUGCGUUUCAGUAUAUGAUAGAUUGAAAAAUGUUCAAACAGAAAUGGCCAAGUAGACAAAAUCUGCAUACCACGGGUAUUUAGAAAAUUCUGUUGCUAUUCCUCCAGUUUGGAAUAAAAGUUUUGUAAAUUUUGGUUCUUAAUACAGACAAGUAUUAGAGUUUUUUUAUUGGCUACAGCCAGGCAAGGAAUUUUGACUCCUGGGAGCCUCUUAAUUUUGCUUGACAUAUUUUGUCACUAAGCUGGAAGACGGAAUUUCCUUUGUCCCCCUACCUCUCCCUUUACUUUUAUGGUCGAAGUUUUAGUGUAGAAUAACUAGCAGUUCUCAAAGUGUUGAAUUGUUAAAUGACCAUACUUAGCUCACCUAGUUUUAAGUUCAAGUAAGCUUUUCUGGUCAUCCAUUGUUCAGCAUCUGUCUUUAAGGCUUACAUAUUUUUUACUUUUCUCUAGAAACGCUGGGCCAAUUUAAAAAAAAAAACUUGCCAUAAACAUUCUUGGGUGAAGGGGAUUCAGACUAUUUAAAGAAGCUCUCCACUUUCUUUCAAAGGGAAAUAAUUAAAAAGUAGUGAAAAAUUUUAUGAAUAUCUUCUCAAGAAUUAUGAAACUGGUGUGUAAUCUUCCUUACUAAGUUACUAGUAAGUAUAGAUUAAAAAGUAUUCAAAACAUUGGGGUAGGGUAGGGCUUCAAUAGGGGAUUAAAGUUUUACAUGGGGAUAUACAAGGAAAAAUCUUUUUAAAAUUCUUUUUAAGAACAGCAGUACAAUGAGGAGUCAUAUUAUGAUCAUGUAUGCAUUCUCAGGUAAUUCAGAUUCAAAACCCUUUAAAACAUUUCCCCUGUGGAUAGGAUGAAACCAUAAGAUGGGAUCAAGAUUUACACUGGCAUGUCUUGGAAAUAAAAAAAAAAUGUAUUUGCAAAGCCAUAUGUAAUCAUGGUAAUAUUUAAAUAUUUCCAAGUUGUGUGGAUUUUUUAAAAAAAUUAUAUACCUGGGGGUUAGGAUGGGGUCAAAAUCAGGGGUCAAAUUUUGUAUAAUGCAUGUAUAAAUCUCUCUUUGACAGCAAGGUCUUUUAAGUUAUAUUGAUAUUAAAACAUCCCUGUGUUGUGUGGAUCAAAUUUGGUUAAGUCCUUACCCCUUGUAGCUAGGGUGGGGUCAAAUAUUUCAUGGGAAAAAGUAGGGAAACAAUUCAAAACUUUUAUAAAAACUGAAGAACAAGAGCUAAGGUUACUCUGGAGAGCAUUGUGGCCCAUAGGCUUUUGUUUCUUGUUUGUCAAAGAUUUUGUCCCCAAAACUUGGAUACAUGUACACAUUUACUAAGACAGCCCCCAACCCCACUUUCAAGUUGGUGACUACACCUUUAAUGUUUGUAAGCAAUUCUGCUAAACAAAUUUGAUGAACUGUGAUAAUGUACAGUUACAUGUGUACAAUGUAGAUAAGUCUUUGAUUAAUGUAAAUGCCAUGUAAAUAUUGCUUUGAAUUAAAGUAUGUGAAUGUUA